AUGGAACCUAUUCGUGCAUCUUCUCACGGUCCGAAUGAUACUAGCCCUAGUGGAAGCGAUGAUCUCAGUACUAUAAGGACCAGUCCCGAUCGUCCCUUUUCCGAACAUCAAGUUCUCCAACCAAACCUCGAACGCCGUCAAACCAAUCUAGACAGUGUCGAAUUAGAGCGCAUCGAAACAUACCGAUUACAACAUCGCUCGACAGUUGGCUCAGGCAUCGGCAUAACACCACGAGAACAAUGGCUCCCUCUUGGCGCUGGAAAGCCCUUUCCACCCACCCUCCCCGACCCCGAACAAUAUAUCGUCGAAUUUACGGACGCAAAUGAUCCCCUUCACCCCCAGAAUUGGCCAUUGUCAAAGAAAAUUGGCAUCUCCGUGGCUCUCGCCUACACAACCUUUGUAUCCUCAUUCGCCAGUGCAAUCUACUCCUCCGCCAUCGGCGAGAUCAGCCCCCAUUUCCAUAUCAGCACAGAGGUAGCUAUCCUCGGUGUCACUCUAUACGUCCUGGGUUUCGCGUCUGGGCCAACACUUUGGGCGCCAGCCAGUGAGCUCAUCGGCAGAAGGUGGCCGAUUUGCGUUGGAAUGUUCAUGUACUCUAUCUUUACCAUUGCAACCGCAACAAGCAAAGAUGUCCAGACCUUGAUGCUGACUCGGUUCUUUGCUGGCUUCUGUUCGGCCAGUCCUAUCGCUAUCGUGCCGGCCGUCUUUGCCGACAUGUAUAAUAACCAGACAAGAGGUGUGGCCAUUGCCAUGUUUGCCAUGGCUGUGUUUGUCGGACCAUUCGCCUCGCCCUUUGUCGGUGGCUUCAUUACUUCCAGCUAUCUUGGUUGGCGAUGGACAAUGUACAUUGCUUCCAUUAUGGGCUGGUUGGCCACUGGACUUUGUCUGCUAUUCUUGCCGGAGACUUACGCACCUGCCGUCCUGGUUGAGAAAGCAGCCACUCUUCGGCGACAGACUCACAAUUGGGGCAUUCGCGCUAGACAAGAGGAGAUUGAGCUCGACUGGCAUGAGCUUAUUACAAACAACUUCAGUCGUCCAUUCCGUAUGCUCUUCACUGAGCCAAUUGUCUUCCUGAUCUCCCUCUGGAUGAGUUUCGUAUAUGGUCUGAUGUACGCACUCCUCGGCGCCUACCCGGUCGUGUUCCAAGGCAUCCACGGGAUGAGCCUUGGAGUUGGCAGUCUCCCUUUUAUUGCACUCAUUAUUGGCGAGUUCCUAGCUGGCGCUUACAUCCUCUGGGACCAGCGAGCCUACAGCAAGAAAUUGGCUGCUAACAACAACGUUCCCGUCCCCGAGUGGCGACUACCCCCAUCCAUAGUUGGCGGUAUUGCCUUCUGUAUCGGUCUUUUCUUUUUCGGUUGGACAGGUUGGACAAAGUCAAUCCAUUGGAUGGCUCCUACUGCCAGCGGAAUAGUGACUGGAUUCGGCAUCUACCCGUCGGCGCUGCUUUCCCCCUUGUUCUCUAAGCAGAUGUUCAACAACUUGGGUGUGCAGUGGGCUGGUACUCUUCUUGGGUGCCUUGCACUUAUCAUGGUUCCUAUUCCUCUCGCUUUCAUCAAGUGGGGACCUUCGCUGCGGAAGAGAUCGAAAUUCGCCCCGACCUUUGCGCCCAAACCUAUGACACAUGCCGAGAAAGAGGGAGUUGAAGCUGUCUGA